CCCGUCUUCCAUUCCAAGCACACACCCCUCGGCGCAAACGCGUCCUUGUCUUUGCGUGUUGGUUCUCGUCUCCUUUAAUCUGGGGAUCCACGGGCCUAAACGAUCACACUAAACCCAAACCAGCACCCACUGUAACGCCCACAGCCUGCUGGAAAGCAGCUGAUUACAGCAGCCACUCGGGCCUGUUUCCUCUUUCUCGCUCAACCGGCCGUUCCCCUGUCCGCCUGCUCUGCACACAGCCUCCUGCACCUGCACCACACAGCACAGGACACCAAAACAACACUUGGUCCUCGGCUCCUUGUAGCUUCAACAGCAUACGCCUUGGAUUACUGGCGUAUUUAUUUUUUUGGCCAGUCAUCCUAUUUUCCCUUUGUAUCUUUUUUCUUUUCUUCUUCAUCUACGCUCCUUUUUUUUCCCCUUAUCAACACCGUGACAUCGCCGUCUCCCCUCUCGCUGCUCCGACGCCGCCUUGGGGGCAAUUCUCGGCCGAUGCUCCUUCGCCAUCCCGCCUCCUGAUCCCGUCCAGCGACACCGACGCCCAACGUAUGCGUUGAGUGCGCAUGCAGCUCUUCGUCCCUACGCAUCCGGCCCUUCCUAUAAUUCUCAUGGAGCCUGUCGUGUACGAGGAAUCGCCACUGGCCGAUUACCUCAAAGAUGAAGACGAUGGCUCCGAUUCCCACGACUGGGCACCUGCUACCGAGAGCAUAUCCGACAGACCACAGUCCAUGACCUCGGAUACGUCACCUCCUGCCAGCCCGUCGCCAUUUGCUCCGACAGGACGACCUAUGGUCAAGUCUCGCUUUAGGAAGCCGGUUCCAUAUCCUCUCGAAACAGGUGCCACCCCGGUGACGCGGCUAUCACCGCUCCGUGCUCUCCGACGAAAUUGCUCUGUUGCCGUUGCCGCUAGCAUCGACCGCGCCGACAAUGCCAAGUUUCUCGAAAAGUUCCGCUAUACAAUCAUCGCCUCGCAGCUUCUCAGCGGAGACUCUGUAGCCAGCCGCCGACAGAAUGGACCCAACGCCUUUGGCCCGAACACUGAGGAACAUGCACAGUCUCUCUUGUCGACAGAAGGUAUAUUUGCGUCUGUUCUUGGUGCUCUGGUUAUUGCCGUCAUCCUAAGCUGGGUGUUUGGAGACUCGCAGACAUACGUCACACGGAAACGUAUGGCAUUCUUAAUCGUCUUGCUCGUCGCCUCUAUCGUCGUAGGACAAGUAUAUAUGCGGAGACAGUGGUUGAGGUACCGCCGAGACCAAUCCCUGGCGGAAAUGACAACCUUUGUAGCCACCUCCUUCGAUUUCGACAGCGCCACAGAAGCGACUUUAGCCCUGGUCCAGGAAGUUGAACUGGUCUCCCGCGGCUAUAGAAUCAGCGCACCGCUACCGCCUAUCAGCAGACUAGAAGACAGAACACAAAGUCGCAAGUGCGUUCGACUUCGAAAAGCGCUGAAGCGAUCCUUUGCCGAAGUGUUGGAAACAUAUGGAAAGAUGGCCACGCUUGUACAGGGAUUUUCAGAUCAAACAGAGCUCGAAAAAUACUACGACAUGUACGACGUGAGCGACUUUGACAUAUCAGACGCGCUGCAGGGCUACCAAGAAUCCGAGUUUGACGAUCUUGAGUCGCUGCGCACGCUAAAGACACUGGCAGCCCGCUUCUUCACAAUACGCAAGAUGCUGCUCUGCUCCAUGCUGGCACUAGAUGCUGAUGGCGAGCGCCCUGAUCUGCUUCGCUGGACGGCAGUGGUUGAGGCUCUACGCAAUUUGAACAAGGCCACUCGACCGGCCUACGAAAAGCUCUUUUCUAUUUUGAGUGAAGAAGAGUCGUUCCCCGUUCCACCCACACCACAAGUGCCUCUGACACCGGGCCGUGAGCGCUGGCGAUCGCAGCUGCGGAAGCUGGGCUCCCUCUCAACGGGCAUCCGCGGCUUGCAGGCCAAGCUGCAUCUGCUGCGAGAAGAAUCUGACCGGGCUCUGGACGACUCUACCGAUAUAUCGGAAAUGGGUCCCAACCUCAUGGCCCAGUACGACUCCAUUGGUGUGGAUCUAAAGGAACUCAUGGCGGCUUGGGAGGAAGGCAAGGCGGCACUAGCCCACGGAAUCGAUAGAAACGAGAAGAGGCUUUCUUCCAUGAGCACGCUGUUGUCUCCACGAAGCUCUGUGAGCGGAGUCACGACUGCGUAUGAAGGAAACGCUGCCGAUGCCCUUAAAGCGCUGACUGGCGAGUCGCCGACAACGUCCCCCAAGCAAGACCAAGCCGAGUUUGAAAGCCCCGAAGUGUUUGAGGCGGUAGCCCGUCCUCGCCCCAAGAGCCUCCUCACCAGAGACGAGCGCAUCGUCAAGAUGAAGGAAGAGCGGGAGCAAAAGGCACAAGCACGCCAACAGAUGGACGCCACGCGAGGCAUGCUGCGAGAGCUGGAGACGGUGAUUAAUCUGCGACCUCAAAACCGUACGAGCGCGCCACCAGUGACACCGGCACCCAAGGUAUCUCGCUUGUCGAUGUGAGCAAGGCGGCCUCGUUCUUCUUCUUUUUCUACCACUACUACACCGCAUUAUCUUUUUGUAAAUCACCACCACAACGACCCAUUGAUGACCACCAAUAAAGCAAGGCCGGGACACAGACAAGUCCGCGAAACAUAUAUACACAUUCGGCUUCCUUCCGUACCCCCUGGCGUUUUUUUCUGAACAUUUUUCUUUUACAUUAUUUACUUCUGGAGCAUAUAAUUUUAAUCUUUUGCCGUGGACUGGAGUAUAUUUUUAUAUGUACAUGGAUAUAUAUAGCAGAUCCUAGAGUCAUUCGCAGUAAUAGCAACCCUCAGACUUUGUUCUCAUUUUCUAUUCUUUUGUUUUUCUCUGGUUAAGUAUAUUGUUUCCCAAGUGCCAGUAACUAUUUAUAUUACAUGUUGUGUACUAUGCUCACUGUCUUGGAGGCGCCCUGGCCUCAUGCUUCCCUUGCAUAGACGCAGCAGCAGCAGCAGUAGCAGUAGCCCAGGGUCCAAAUGCUGGAGACAAUUGCACUUUCCGCCCUCUUUUGCGUCGCACAUACAUUAUAUUAUAUUAUAGUUUAUUUACCCCCUUCGCCAUAUAGUCUAGUUCUUCCUCUCGCUGCCUGCCCCGCGCCGCGUCACGUUGGC